GUUUUCAACUUUUCGUAUGCCUUACAAUCCCUUCACUCAUUUCUUCCAUGUGCGCACAAUUGGGGCAACUGAGUGGCCAAUUAAUGUGCGAUCAAUUUAAAGUGCACUUCGGCGAAUUGGAUUCUGUUCCAAGGAGAAAAGGCACAACUACACCUCCGCGAAGUUUUCACAAAAGAACAAGGAGUUCAAUAUCACCCGCAGGAACCAGAAACAUGUCAAGGUGGGCGCCUGCGACCCAGUAGCUGUAUAUCAAACAAUGCCAAUGCAUUUGUAAUUGCUGACGAUGAACAUAUACUUAUAUUUUACCUACUUCCAUGCAAGAGCAUCGGAUUUAUGUAAGCAUUGAUCUGAACCCUUUAGGGUGCAGCCUCUAGCAGGUCUAGAAAUAUACCUAUUUAUUUAUUUAAUAAGAGAGAACACAUGUUACUUAGAGAAUUAGUAUCCGGAUACACUUCCGACGACUCGAGGCUACGUUUCAGUGAGGCGCUUAACGACCUAUGUGUUCAGUUAUUCCCGCACCGCUGGAAACCAUCGAGAAAGCGACCGCUGGCACAAACUAUACGUAACAGCAAACAACGGAGGAGGCUACAAUAUGGACAUAUACAACGUUUAUACUAUACGCGCCGAAAGGAUGCGGCAGCCACUAUAAUUAAUGGCAGAUGGCGAAUCGCAUUUCUUCAAGCGAACGAAAACAUUCCCGAUUUCAACGACUUUUGGAAGAGCGUCCUUAAUCGUCCUCCUACCUCAGAUCCCCGUCCACCUCGCCAAGUAGUUUCUCUAUUCCCGGAACUCGUGCGUCCAAUUUCGUGUGAGGAAAUGAAACAAGUGCUAAAGCAAAUGCAAGGACCUACUCUCGGUAUCGAUCGAUUUACACCUGCUGAAGUGAAUCGGAUGGAUCCUCAGUUUGUGACCUCGUUCCUCAACUGCCUCCUUGCUUCAUGCCCCUUCCCGUCUCAUAUGAAUGACGCAAGGAUCACUUUUGUGCCCAAGAUUCAGCAACCCCGAUCCCCUGAUCAAUUUCGUCCAAUCUCUGUUUCCUCAGUAUUUACCAGACUACUCCAUCGUAUACUCUUCGACCGCUGGGUCCCGGCGUUCCCAACUGACCGAUUACAAUUUGGAUUUCUUCGAAAAGAUGGCGCAUUUGAGGCCCCUUCUAUUCUUCACGCAGCUCUUCGUUACUCUCACACAUCCAUAACUCCGCUUUCGUUCGUGUCUGUGGAUGUCUCCAAGGCCUUUGAUUCCAUUUGUCACCAAUCUCUACUCCGUGCUGCUGCUGCCUUUGGUGCUCCACAAUUUUUAAUAGACUACUUGGCCUCAUACUAUCUGUCAGCUUACUCGAUCUUCAGUGACAUCCAUAUUCAUCCAAAUCGAGCAGUCCGACAGGGGGACCCUCUUUCUCCGUUGCUUUUUAUAAUGGCCCUUGAUGAAGUGUUAGAGGGUGUUGCUACUAACCCAUGGAAAUCACCUGCGGGGCCCAUCAGCUACCUUGCUUACGCUGACGAUGUAAUUAUCUUUGCUGAAGAUCGGUUAUCCUUAAAGGAGCAUAUAUUGGAAUUCCAAAAACGCCUGCAGGACACCGGCUUGGCUAUCAACCAUCUAAAAUCCUUUGCAGUAAACAUCGUAGCUGACAGAGCGCGCAAAAAAACAAUGCUUGACAUCUCCGAGCUCAAUUGCGACGGCUUUUCCAUCAAAUCAAUACAACCAACUGAACAAUUUACUAUGCUGGGGCUGAAAUUUAACUGGAAGGGAAGAUGCCGCCAACAACUAUAGAGGACAUUAAGAACCAACUGGAUGAGGUAACCAAAGCUCCGCUCAAACCACAACAACGGAUCGAAAUUCUACGCACGUUCCUACUUCCUCGCCAUGUGCAUCAACUAGCACUUGCAGUUUUACAUCGGAAUACCCUCAAACGCCUAGAUCGGCUAGUGCGUUCAGCUGUACGCAAAUGGCUACGUUUACCAUCCGACACUCCUAUCGCUUACUUUCAUGCGUCAGUAGACACUUUUGGCCUUGGGAUCCCAUGUCUGUCGACGAAUAUCCCCCUUCUACGGAAAGAACGGCUGGAGAGACACUUAUCGAAUAGCCAUCCAAUUACCAACUGGGCAAUCCGUGAUCCUGCCGCUGCCUCUAUCCAUCGUCUCGCACGAUCAAAUGUUACUAUUUUCAAUCGAGUCGUCAUGGAUAAGAGUUCGGCGGCGGAAUCCUGGAAAGAAGCAUUACUGUCCUCAGCGGACGGCAUUCCUCUGCGGGAAGUUAUCACUGUUCCGGCUGCCUAUCAAUGGUUGCGAACGCCAACAAGAACUUUUCCUCGACUUUUAUCCGUGGAAUCCAACUACGAGGUGGACUACUCUCAACUAAGACUCGACGAACCCGUGGUCGAAGGCCUAACGAGCUUUCAGCGUUAUUCUGCCGGGGGAAUUGCGGUCAAAAGGAAACAUUAUCACAUAUAUUACAAUCAUGUUGUAUAACCCAUGACGCUCGCUGCCGCCGCCAUAACGAGUUGACUACUAUCGUUGUGAAGAAACUGCGCGGCCACAAACUUCACCCCGUUGUUGAACCCUGUAUCCCAACGAAGUCUUCUUUCCUAAAGCCCGACUUGAUUCUCGUUAGGCAAUCCCAACUGCAUGUGAUGGACCUAGCCGUUUGCGACACCGACAGAAUGGCACGCACUUAUCAAUUAAAAAUAGACAAAUACGGAAAGGGAGUAAAUGAUUUGGCUAUACGCCGAUACACGCAGGAGUACUUCCCAAGAACGACCGAAAUCAUCCAUCAUCCCAUUGUUUUAAACAAUCGUGGAAUGAUCUAUCCAGCGUCUGCAAAACAUCUUACAAGCUUGGGUUUUACCAAAUUUGAUCUCUCAGACCUUUGCGUAGCAACUAUUAGACUAUCGCUUAAAAUUUAUGAUACGUAUAUGCGUGGUGCUUCAGCAAACUUACCCUACGUAAACCAGCAAACGACACAACGAUAAUCGUGGUUCCGUCCACACUCUUUGAAAUUUACAUUUCAAUCUGUGUCUCGAUUCUGCCGGGGCAUUCGCCCUAUCUUGGCACAUUGCUGUAUUGCCCAUAUCUCGGGCCAUGCAUGCUUUUGCCAAAAAUACAUGUUCCUAGC